AUGUCUGUGUGCAAGAAGGACAAAAUUGUACCUGCCAACCCUCAAAACCCGCAAAAUAUUUCACUUUGUGAUAGCAAUAAAGAAUGCCAAUCUUGGCUCGAUUGUACAGAUGGAGUUUGUAAAGAAUCAGAUUAUGCUGAUGUUGGUGAAGCCUGUACUUUUGAUUACCAAUGUACUAAUGAUUUGGUUUGUUCAAAUGGAAUAUGCAAAGCUAGUUUAACUACAUGUCAAUCACCAUCAGAUUGUUCAUUUUCAAAUUACUGUAGUAGCACGUCUAAAGUUUGUAUACCAAGACUAAACAAUGGAGACCUUUGUACCGAUGACGAAUCAUGUCCUGCCCACUCUCUCUGUAACAUCAAGUGUAUCGCCAAAUUCAGUUUGGAACACGGUGCCUUGUGCAAUGAUGACCUUUUGUGUGAUAUUUCACAGGGACUCGAAUGUGACAAUGGUGCAUGCGCCUAUACCAAUUUGACCAAGACUCUUACUCCCUCGUCGAGAAAUUGUAGUAAUAGUAAUACUGAUUGCUAUAAUGGUCAAGAGACAUGUAUUUGUUCCACCGGUGUGGAUGAAUACACAGGUUUUUGUUUCGCUACAAGUCCACUCACCAAGUCCCAAAUCCUCUCAUGCGGCAGCUCAAAGAAAAAUUUCUAUGAUUGUCUAACAGACAAAUCUUGCCUAUACUAUUACAAUCAAGAUGUACCAAAAUCCUGUCAACUUCAAAAAUGUGGUGCCCUGUUCUGUGAUUGCAAACGUCAGUGCUCUUGGGAAUACGAUACCGACUCGCAAGGAAAGAAUUGUGGUGGACAAUCUGUUUCAUCGCACCAAGGAACUUGUCAAUACCUUGGUUACUCAAUCUCAUCUUCUCUCUCUUCUAAUUCAUUGAUUUCAAUGCGUCAAAAAAAAAACGACAAUGAUAAUACGAAUGGUGUGAGUGUGAUUUUUGUCAUUAGUUUUUUCCUAAUCUAUCAUUCUGUUGAUGGCGAAGGUUGUGAAAGUACUAGUCAAAGAAUAUGCUCCAGAAAUGGAGAAACUUGCAAUUCAGUUUAUGGAGAAUCUUCUUUUAAAUGCGUGGAUGGUUCAUUUUGUAAUAAAUUAAAGAUUUGUGAAGCUCAAAAAAAGGAAGGUGAAUCUUGUGAUAAAUAUCAAGAUCGUCAAUGUUUAGAUUGGCUUUCUUGUGUCAAUGGAACUUGUAUUGAAGAACAUUAUGCUGCAUUGGGUGAAUCAUGCAAGACAUCUGAACAAUGUUAUAGAGGAACUUGUUUUAAUGGAAAAUGUCUCAAACCCAAUUGUAAUGUAAAUGAUGAUUGUGAUUAUUUUAGUUAUUGUAGCUAUAAAAAUGACGAGGAUAUUUGUAGACCAAGAUUAGAGGAUGGAACUACCUGCAACCAAAAACAUGACAUUUGUAUGCCCCAUUCUAUCUGUGGUUUCGAUUCCAAGUGUAUCCCUAAAUACUCGCUUGGUUUGAAUAGAAAUUGCACUGACCAAGAAGAGUGCGAUGUCUCUCAAGGACUUAGAUGUUCUAGUUUAGAUGGUGCUUGCGUCUACCGUAACCUUACCUUCACUCCUACUUCCCCCUCUUUCAACUGUUCCGCAUCUCAUUGCGAUAAUCAGGAAGAAGAUUGCGUAUGUUCAGAAAGAGGAGAUACUGGUCAUUGUUUGCCAAGAUAUGAAUUUACCAAGGCUCAAAUCCUAUCAUGUGGUAGUCAAACCAAAUCACUCACUGUGGUCGUCAAUUUUGUGGCUAUUAUAGAGAGUGCAAAUGGAAAUACAAUAGAAAUUAUAUUGGCACCAACUGUGCCAACGCGGCCAUUGAUUAUUACCAAGGUGUAUGCAAACAUCUUGGCUAUUCUAUUCAAAGUUCAUCCUCCUCUCUCUCUAUUCCAUCAAUAUUCAUUACAAUCUUCAUUUUAUCAUCCUUGUUUCUUUAAAAAAGUAAAGAUUUAUUCAUUGAAAAUUGAAAAGAACCACUCGGUGUAUGUCGAUUCUGACCAUAAUCAAAAAAUCUACUUGUGUGGUACAUACAGAAUGAAUCAUAGAAUAUUAUUAUAUAUCUGUCUAACUAUUAUAUUUUUAUCAACCUCUACUACUUGUGUUUAUUCACAAUUGACACAGUGUACCUCUUCAAAUCAAAAAUGUAUCGAAGUGGGACAGAGUUGUAGUUUAUGUCAACCUGCUAUUACAUCUGGUGGAUCAUGUUCAACUACCAAUGAAUGUCAAGGUUGGCUUGAAUGUUUAGGUGGAAUUUGUGUUGAAGCUGAUUAUGGACAAUUUCAAGAUAAUUGUACUGAAGAUUAUCAAUGUACAGGAAAUUUAGCAUGUAUGCAUGGAAAAUGUGGUAAUCCAAAUCCAACUUGUACAUCUGAUUAUCAAUGUCAAUACUCUGAUUAUUGUGUCAAUGGAACAUGUAUUUCACGUAUCAAAGAUGGAGAAAGUUGUGUUACCGAUAACUCUUGUCUCGAACAAUCGACAUGUAACUUUAAAACCUGUAUACCACGUUACUCUGUCGCCCUGAACCAACCAUGUUAUCAUCUUAGCUACUCUUGUGAUGUUUCAAAGGGACUCGUUUGUAGUAAUAGUGUUUGUGUCCUCUCCAACUUGACAAAAACAUUAACUCCUUCAAAUAUCAACUGCUCGUCUACUCAAUGCUUCAAUUCACUCGAUAAUUAUGAACAAUGUGUUUGUAAAGAGGGUACUACCAAUACUGGUGAAUGCUAUCCAAGAUACCCAACUACCAAACAUCAAAUACUUUUAUGUGGAUCACGUCAAAAAGCAUUGUACAAGUGUCUUGCCGAUAACCAAUGUUAUUUUGGUACUGCCGAUACCAUUUCAUCAUGUCAAAUGAAAUAUUGUUCAAAGGAAUAUUGUGAAUCUAAAUCUACCUGUUUAUGGGGAUAUGAUGUUGGUAGAGUUGAUCCUGGGUGUGGUGGAAACACUGCCUUUGAUAGUCUCCAACAAACUUGUCAAUAUCUUGGUUAUUCCGUCAUUCCAAAUGAUCUAUCUUCAUCCGAUUCUUCUUCUUUAGACUCUUCUGAUUCAUCAACUUCUACUCCAUCUCAUUCACAUAUUAUUUCCAUUUCAUUGAUUCCAACUUUCAUUUUCACUAUUUUAUUAGUAGUAGUAUCCAUCUUUCAAAAGUAA